AUGGAUUGGAAGUGCAUACAGAAAAAGGGUCCGUCCAACCAACCUGAUGGUUUAUCAGCACUCCUCAACUUCCGCAGAAACGCGUUGUCGAGUAUGCGAGGCGUUAGCUUGUCUUUACUUCUCCUCGCAGUCAUCGCUUUAGUCAAUCCAAGAAAUUCAAUGUCGAAAUUAGUGGCUCCCAACGUCCAGCUUAAUCGCGCUUUAAUGGCUGGUUCGAACGAUUCUCAAGCAAAAAAGUCAAUGAGAGUGGUGAAGAAGGUUGGUGAAGACAAUAACGGUGAAGAAAGAGGGUCAUUCGCUGACAUUUUCAGAAGAAUUUGGGAGAAAAUUUGCGACUUCUUUGCCAAGAUUUUCCGGACACGAAAGAGUAUAUCUAACACUGAUCACCAAGAGAUGACAGCGCAAGAUUUAGAAUGGUUUAAUUAUUUAAACUACAAACGAGCGUCACAUGUGCAUCAAGAAAACCCUCCGAAAAUACUAACGCCGCAUGAAAUCAUUUUGACCACACUUUCAAAACGAAAGUCGAAGUCUCCGUUUGAUGCGAUCGUGCAAACUCCAUUAGAAUUGUCGCCAGACGCCGAAGCGGAGGUUGCCGCGCUGGUGAAAGCCGGUACCCGCCUAGACACGAGAAUUUUGCUCAAUGGAGCGGGAACUGUCAACGAAUCUCGGCUCAAGGAUUCAACUUAUAAUAGUUUGGCUAAAUAUAUCAUGAUAUUUGAGCUGACUGCCGAUGAAUAUCAUGGGCAGGACAUUUAUGGAGUUGAAAAGCUCUUAGAGUCGAAAGCUGUAAAAGAAGAAGAACUUGUCUCAUACAUCCUCAAUGAAACAGACAUCGAAGGCUAUGCCCCACUUUGGAAACCCAUCCUCGAGCGAUUGACAGCUGGUCUGCUGACUAAGUGGCUGAAGGAUAAAAUGCCUUCACUAGACGUCAUGGAUACGUUGAUGGCAGAGUCAGAAUUCCGUCCCACUUUCAAAUUUUGGAAGAUGUAUGAUCAGUUGAAGAAAACAAGCAAAUAA